AUGUUCAUCGAAAGAUCGACGCACCUCGCCAGGUCAUCCGAUAUGCGGGCGCUUUUCUACCCGGUCUGGCCUGGGGAUUUUUCUGUGUCGCGGCGGAACAAGAUCACAGGAGACCUGCAUCGUUUGAAUCUACAGACAUUGAAAAACGCAGUCAAAAACAAGGCAGACCCUAACGUCUCUGUGUUAAACACCCCCGUUAUAAUCAACGAUGUCACCUAUGAGAAGCGCCGACCAGACUUUCUUUCCUCCCUCACUGAUACGCAGCACCACGAGCUGUUCAACAAAUUGAGGCUCCUUGACGAAAAUGCCGAGUUCCCCGAGUGGCAGAAAGUCAUGAAAUAUGAUACCCAACAUGAAUUUGAGGUGUUCUCGAGUGUCAUGAGGCAUGUGCUUACUUGGAUCGACCUUGCUGCUAAACCCUCUGCGUGCAACUCCUCCGACGUCAUAUCAUACACUUGGGAUCAUUUGACGAGAAUAAAUGCUAUGCCACGUUUACGAUUAGCUCAAGUUUUUAUGCUAGAGGAGUUGAUUUAUAAAAUACGUUCUUACGCGCGGCGGGCGGCAUGGUACGACGACGAAGGCGAACACACCCACAAUCCCUUCAAAAAAAUUCGAGUUAAUAGACGACGCAAACAACACGCGAGAGAUUUAGAGCGCGGUGGACUCGCUCGCGGUGGUAUUGAAGCGACAGGACAAACUGGCGAUCGUGACUCACAGGAAAAAGAUGCUCCAACAUUGGCCGGUAGCGAAGAUGCGAUUAAUGUCUCGCGCGAUAUCGAUGGCGAAGAGAGUGGACCGAGACGGAGAAAGACUGGACUUUCGAAUCCUCAAACUGAAGCCGAUGAUGCGGCGUCCAGUGUCAGCAGUGGAAAGCCCGUCUUCACUGUAGCCAGCCAGUUACGUGCGACUAUAUUGAACUCCUGGAUCAACUUGCUGCUUGUCCUUGUUCCAGUCGGCAUUGCUCUAAACUACACCAGCGUCAGCCGAACAGCAGUCUUUGUUGUGAACUUUCUUGCCAUUGUCCCGCUGGCGGCCAUGUUGAGUUAUGCGACAGAAGAAAUUGCCCUUCGAACUGGAGAGACUCUCGGAGGUCUUUUGAACGCCUCUUUCGGAAACGCAGUCGAACUGAUUGUCGCCAUCAUCGCUUUGGUUCAUGACGAAGUCACCAUUGUCCAGACUUCCUUGAUUGGAAGUAUGCUUUCCAACUUGCUUUUGGUCAUGGGCAUGUGCUUCUUUUUCGGUGGUAUCAACCGUAUCGAGCAAAAGUUCAACGAGGUUGUUGCGCAAACUGCAGCUAGUCUUUUGGCUCUUGCAGUUGGUAGUUUGAUUAUUCCUACGGCAUUCCACAUGUGGGCUAGUGGUGGUGCUACUCAUACUGAUGAGCUUUCACGAGCGACUAGUGUGAUCUUGCUUGUAGUCUACGGCGCUUACAUCUUCUUCCAACUCAAGACCCAUGCAGAAAUUUACAAUACCCCAAGCGAAAAAACGGCAAAGAGAACCAAGAGCCGUGCCAAAGGCGAUACCCAAAAGGGAUUGGUUGCAAUUGGUGCUCUGGGAGCCGGCAUGGGCAGUCAGACAGCUCAACGCGAUCUCGAGAGCCGAGGUAGCGAAGACGGGGAAGAGGAGAAGGAAGAACCACAGCUUCACUUUUAUGUGGCUGUUGCAACUCUUGUCAUCUCUACUGUGCUUGUCGCCCUCUGUGCAGAAUUCAUGGUCGAUGCGAUUAGUGCGGUUACGUCAGGAAACAGCGGCAUUUCACAAACAUUUGUCGGAUUGAUCUUGUUGCCCAUUGUCGGCAACGCUGCUGAGCACGCUACAGCGGUGACUGUUGCGGUCAAGGAUAAGAUGGAUCUUGCUAUCGGUGUUGCCGUAGGAUCGAGUAUGCAGAUCGCACUUUUAGUUCUUCCUUUGAUUGUUGUCAUUGGAUGGAUCAUGGGCAAGGAUGAUAUGACUCUCGACUUUGGCGAUGGAUUCCAGGUUGUCGUUUUGUUUGUCGCAGUUCUAUUGGUGAACUAUCUCAUUGCAGAUGGAAAAUCACACUGGCUCGAAGGCGUUCUACUGAUGACUCUCUACAUCAUUAUCGCGGUUGCCGCAUGGUUCUAUGACUAA